CACACGGCAUGUUGAAGUAGGACAAGGUGCCGGUUGCUGCGUGUCUAUUCCCACAAAACCUGAGCGGAAAUACAACACACAAAUAGUGGAGGCGCCUAAAAUAGCGCUAUUUUUUUCUGUUCUCCUUUGCGCCACAGCCGUUCAGUACUUGUGCCGUGUAAGUAUCGUCAGGGGAAAUCAAGUUUUGGAUCGACACUACUCAAAUUUGAUGGCACUCUAGCUUCUUAGGUAGGUAGCAUCUAGGCUUACAGUUAUACUAUACAUAGGAGAAUUGGUUUGUUUUUUUUUGUUGUUUUUUACUUUGCAUUGCUUGAGUCGGUUUUGUGUUCUUCUGAUUGUUAGACUUAAGAGACUUGCUAUUUAUUUAUUUAUUUAGGCAUUUUUAUAUAGCGUUUACCUUAAAGCUCUAAGCGCUUUGCAAUUAUUAAAAACAUGUAAACUAUUCUGUUUGUUGGACUUAAGAGACUAGUAUUCUGUUUGUUAGACUUAAGAGACUUGCUAUUCUGUUUUUGUUAGACUUAAGAGACUAGUAUUCUGUUUGUUAGACUUAAGAGACUUGCUAUUCUGUUUUUGUUAGACUUAUGAGACUUGUAUUCUGUUUGUUAGACUUAAGAGACUUGCUAUUCUGUUUUUGUGAGACUUAUGAGACUAGUAUUCUGUUUGUUAGACUUAAGAGAUUUGCUAUUCUGUUUUUGUUAGACUUAUGAGACUUGUAUUCUGUUUGUUAGACUUAAGAGACUUGCUAUUCUGUUUUUGUAAGAUUUAAAAGACUAGUAUUCUGUUUGUUAGACAUAAGAGAUUUGCUAUUCAGUUUUUGUUAGACUUAAGAGACUAGUUUUCUGUUUGUUACACUUAAGAGACUUGUUAUUCUGUUUGUUAGACUAAAGAGAUUUGCUAUUCUGUUUGUUGGCCUUAAGCGACUUGCUUUGCUGUUUGUUAGACUUAAGAGACUUGAUUAGCGAUGUACAGUGUUACUGCAGUGUUAGUGAGUGAAUCUUGGACUACAUAAGGGGCUGUGGUGAAUGUUGAGGGGAUAGUGGAUGGGAUAGUGGAUGGGAUUGUGGAAGGGAUGGCGGAGGGACUAGUGGGGGGGAUGGUGGAGGGAAUAGUGGAGGGGAUGGUGGGGGGAAUAGUGGAGGGGAUAGACAAGGGAAUAGUGGAAGGGAUAUUAGAGGGGAUCGUUGAGGGGAUAGUGGAGGGGAUAGUGGAUGGGAUAUUUGAGGGGAUAGUGGAGGUGAUAGUGGAGGUGAUAGUGGAGAGAAUAGUGGAGGGGAUAGUGGAGGGGAUGGUGGGGGGGGUAGGUGGGGGGGUCGAGAGGGGGAGAGUGGAGGGUGAUGGGAUUGUGGAGGGGAUGGCGGAGGGACUAGGGGGGGGGAUGGUGGAGGGAAUAGGGGAGGGGAUGGUGGGGGGAAUAGUGGAGGGGAUAGACAAGGGAAUAGUGGAAGGUAUAUUAGAGGGGAUCGUUGAGGGGAUAGUGGAGGGGAUAGUGGAUGGGAUAUUUGAGGGGAUAGUGGAUGUGAUAGUGGAGGUGAUAGUGGAGAGAAUAGUGGAGGUGAUAGUGGAGGGGAUGGUGGAGGGGGUAGUUGAGGGGAUCACGGAGGGAAUAGUGGAGGGGAUAGUGGAGGGAAUAAUGUAGUGGAUAUUAGAGGGGAUAGGGGAGGGGAUAGUGGAGGGGAUAGUGUAGGUGAUAGUGUAGGUGAUAGUGUAGGUGAUAGUGUAGGUGAUAGUGUAGGUGAUAGUGUAGGUGAUAGUGGAGGUGAUAGUGGAGGUGAUAGUGGAGGUGAUAGUCGAGGGAAUAGUGGAGGGGAUAGUGGAGGGGAUAGUGGAGGGGAUAGUAGAGGGGAUAGUGGAGGGGAUAGUUGAGUGGAGAGUGGAGGGAAUAUAUUAGGGAAUAGUGGAGGGGAUAGUGGAGGGGAUAUUUGAGAGGAUAGUGGAGGAAAUAAUGGAGGGAAUAGUGGAAGGGAUAGUGGAGGGGAUAGUCGAGGGGAUAGUGGAGGUGGAUAGUGGAGGUGGAUGGUGGAGGGGAUAGUGGAGGGGAUAGUUUAGGGGAUAGUGGAGGGUUUUGUCUAGGGAAUAGUGGAGGGGAUAGUGGAGGGAAUAGUGAAAGGAAUAGUGGAGGGCAAAAUGGAGGGGAUAGGGGAGGGGAUAGUGGAGGGAAUAGUGAAAGGGAUAGUGGAGGGCAAAAUGGAGGGGAUAGUGGAGGGGAUAGUGGAGGGGAUCGCGGAGGGAAUAGUGGAGGUUAUAAUGGAGUGGAUAGUGGAGGGAAAAGUGGAGGGGAUAGUGGAGGGGAUAUUUGAGGGGAUAGUGGAGGUGAUAGUGGAAGGGAUAAUGGAGGUAAUAGUGGAGGGAUGAGUGGAGGGGAUAGUGGAGAGGAUAGUGGAAGGGAUAGCGAAGGGGAUAGUCGAGGGGAUAGUAGAGGGGAUAGUGGAGGCAAUAAUGGAGGGGAUAGUGGAGGGAAUAGUCAAGGGAUUAGUUGAGGGAAUAUUGGAGGAAUGUGGAGAGGGGUAUUAGGGUGGUUCCACCAAGGUGAGCACAUUUUUAUUUAUAUGGAUGGGCCAACCGCAGAGUUCUUUCCGUGGAAGUGGAGCGUGGGGGGGGGGGAGACCAGCCCCAUUCCUAGCUACGCCUCUGAAGAGAUUUGACAGUAGCGGAUAUCACCAUGUUUGUAUGACCUUAUUAAUGACUUAAGGUUUUAAAGAAAAAGAAAUAUUUAAAAAAAAAAAAACACAAAGAAAAAUCCACAAGGAACGAACAAACAGACAAACAGACCAACAACUAGCCGGGAUUGAAGUCAAGCUGCAGCCAAAGUCUAAAGCUACAGAAUCUGAGAUGUUGUUGUUGAAAUGAUGAGUGGCUCACGCGAAUAGGGAACUGGUGGGGGGGAGGGGGGUUUGUUGGGGGGGGUGGGGAAAGGCGCGCGGGGAUAAUCAAAAGUGUGCGGGGAGGGUGUAGGGGGUCGUCAUUUAUAUUUGGCCCGCCCCAUUUCUGUAAGUUGCGGGAAAGCUAGACACUGAAAUAAUUAGAUUCGGCAAAUGCAUAUUUUUGGUCGGCCGACUGAGCUAUUACUGUGCGGACAAGAGAAACUGUUGCUUUCCCAUAUGAUUAGUACUUUUUUUGGACAAGUGAAUCAGACGGAUUAUAAAUAUAUAUAUAUAAGGCAGUGGUUGCCAACCUGUGCUCCGUGGAGCCCUCAUGGUCCUGGGUGCCCGUCUCAGUGAUUCCCAUGGCUGCUCCAGAAAAAAUGAAACAAACACCACUACUUAGAGAGACGUUCAGUAAGCUUAAGGGGACCCUCCAUGGAAAUUGAUGGUAAAAAGAGCUCCAAGAGUUAGAUAAAUUUGAGAGGCACGGACAAGAAAUUGUAAUCAAAACCGAUUAAGUUAAAUUUUGUUCAUUAAAAAAAAAAAAUAAUUAAUUAACUAAUCCUAAAAUGUGUGCUGUAAAAAUCUAUGAAUGGAAUUUUUAUUUUAUCUUCGUUACGGUAAAAAGUUGUUUUUUCUUUCGUGUAGCUGUCAUUCGAGUCUCAUGUUCGUCACCCUAACAUUAGAGCUGAUAAAGAAGUCAUUCCACAAAGGUGCUACAGUAGAGAUGAGCAAAAGGCUGAUCUUUGGUUCACUUGGCUUUCAGACCUUAAAUUCAGGGCCGUCACGGAGGGGGGAGGGUUCAUUCCGCCAGUGGAAGCAGAAAGUUUGGAUAUAAAAGGGGCGGAUUGUUGUAAUAUGAAAGGGGUGGAAUGUUGUAAUAUGAAAGGGGUGGAAUGUUGUAAUAUGAAAGGGGUGGAAUGUUGUAAUAUGAAAGGGGUGGAAUGUUGUAAUAUGAAAGGGGUGGAUUGUUGUAAUAUGAAAGGGGUGGAAUGUUGUAAUAUGAAAGGGGGCGGAAUGUUGUAAUAUGAAAGGGGUGGAAUGUUGUAAUAUGAAAGGGGUGGAAUGUUGUAAUAUGAAAGGGGUGGAAUGUUGUAAUAUGAAAGGAGUGGAAUGUUGUAAUAUGAAAGGGGUGGAAUGUUGUAAUAUGAAAGGGGUGGAAUGUUGUAAUAUGAAAGGGGUGGAAUGUUGUAAUAUGAAAGGGGGCGGAAUGUUGUAAUAUGAAAGGGGUGGAAUGUUGUAAUAUGAAAGGGGUGGAAUGUUGUUACAUGAAAGGGGUGGAAUGUUGUAAUAUUAUAAGGGUGGAAUGUUGUAAUCUGAAAGGGGUAAAAUGUCGUUAAAAUAAAAAGGGUGGAAUGUUGUAAUGAUGAAAGGACCUAAAUGUUGUAAUAUGAAAAGGUUGGAAUGUUGUAAUAUGAAAGGGGUAAAAUGUUGUUACAAUAAAAAGGGUGGAAUGUUGUAAUGAUGAAAGGGGCUAAAUGUUGUAAUAUGAAAAGGGUGGAAUGUUGUAAUAUGAAAAGGGGGUGGAAUGUUGUAAUAUGAAAGGAUAAAAUGUUGUGAUAUGAAAGGGGUUGGAAAGUUGUAAUAUGAAAGGGUUCAAGUGUUGUAAUUUGAAAAGGGUUUAAUGUUGUAAUAUGCAAGGGGUAAAAAGUUGUAAUUUGAAAAGGGUGGAAAUUUGUAAUAUGAAAGGGGUGGAAUGUUGUUAUUUGAAAGGGGUAACAUUUUUUAAUAUGAAAGGGGUAAAAUUUUGUAAUUUGAAAGUGGUAAAAUGUUGUAAUAUGAAUGGGGUGGAAUGUUGUGAUAUGAAAGGGGUAAAAUGUUGUAAUUUGAAAGUGGUAAAAUGUUGUAAUAUGAAUGGGGUAGAAUAUUGUGAUAUUGAGAACAAAGAUCAAAUUUGAUUACCGAUUGCACAAAAUCUGAAAGGUGCUGGAUGAGGGGGGCCACGUGACGGCUCUGUUCUCCCUCCAACAGUGAUCCCACCCCAGUUAAAUAUUAACGAUUUUUUGGGGUAAAAAUAUCGUUAUGUCUUGUAUAAAAUUGCUAAUGGCAUCCCUUGCAUGCAACAGCGCCCCUUGUAUGUAAUGGCGCCAACUUGCAUGUAAUUGCGCCCCUUGCAUGCAAUAGCGCUCCUUGUAUGUAAUGACGCCCCUAUCAUGUAAUGGCGCCCCUUGCAUGUAAUGGCUAUCAUUGCAUGUUUCUUGAACAAUAAGGCAAUUUAAAGCUAAAAAAGAGCCGAACCGUCCUGGAUGGACAUCAUCAUCAUCAUCAUCAUCAUCAUCAUCAUCAUCAUCAUCAUCAUGUCCCUUAGUCCUUGGACCAAUGGGGCGGCCCAGAUGACAUGUGAACUAUCCUCCUCCAUUCGUCUCUGUCUUCUGCACUACGCACAGCAUCGCCCAGUGUUAGUCCUGUCCACUCUUUGGUGUUAUCCUCCCAUCUUUUUCUUUGUCUUCCUCUUCUUCUCCCUCCUCUUGUGGUGCCCUGCAAUAUUUCUUUGGUAAGCCCUUGUUUCCUUGUUACGUGGCCGUACCAUUUUAGUUUGCGUUUUUUCACAGUCACCAGUAGGUCAUCGUACUCCCCAAUUGCCUGGCGAGCCCUUUCUUUCACUGUAUCAUUGGAGAUAUGGUCCCUAUAGCAGAUGCCAAAAAUGCUUCUGAAGCAUCUCAUCUCCAUCGCCUUUAUUUUCCUUUCAAGGUAGGCUGUUAAUGUCCAGGAUUCGCAUGCAUACAGGAAAAUGGAGAGGACUAAUGAGCGCAACAGCCUGACUUUGGUGCUGGGGGCUAUAUUUUUGUCAUUCCAUAUUUUCUUGAGGCGGAUGGAUGAUUCCCCCUCCCCGUUUUGUUUUCACCCGCCAUUCCGCUUCCUACGCCCCUGAAACGAUUGACAAAGGCGCGCCGAUUAAUUUACAAACACAUUCACCUUUACAGUUCUGUAGGAUGUGAGCUAAAAAUAACCCUAACUGAAUUCCCGUUUACAGCGGGUUAUCAAGCGACAUCUCCUUGUUGAGUCCAAAUUGGAGUGGGCGAAAACAACAGACAGACAGAGAGAAGUAAAGUAAAGUAAAGUGUAACGGAAGUCAUUGGAGUAAAAUUGUAAAAACCAUACAGGAAAAAAGACAUGGCAGCUAGGUAACAUUGUGCCAAUUAAACAGACCAACAUUGCCAAUUAAAUAGGUCAAUAUUGACAAUUAAAAACACGAAUAUUGCCAAUUGACCACUUUUGACAAAUAAAAACACGAAUAUUGCCAGUUGACCACUAUUGACAAAUAAAAACACGAAUAUUGCCAAUUGACCAAUAUUGCCAAUUAAAUAGGUCAAUAUUGACAAUUAAAAACACGAAUAUUGCCAAUUGACCACUUUUGACAAAUAAAAACACGAAUAUUGCCAAUUGACCACUAUUGACAAAUAAAAACACGAAUAUUGCCAAUUGACCAAUAUUGCCAAUUAAAUAGAUCAAUAUUGCCAUUUAAGUAGACCAAUAUUGCCAAUUAAGUAGACCAAUAUUGCCAAUUAAGUAGACCAAUAUUGCCAAUUAAGUAGACCAAUAUUGCCAAUUAAGUAGACCAAUAUUGCCAAUUAAAUAGACCAAUAUUGCCCAUUAAGUAGACCAAUAUUGCCAAUUAAGUAGACCAAUAUUGCCCAUGAUAUUGCUAAAAUAUCUCCUAAUGUUGUCAUCAACCAAAACUCGUCAUUCAUUUCUAUUUCAGGUUCCAGGGGCGCGCGUUGUAGCACAGAGGAAAUAACUCGAUCAGUUCUACAGAGAAGAAUGCAUUUCGUUGUUUCCUGACCAUCACUGACCAGGCCACUACUGACCAGUUCCCUACUGACCAGGCCACCACUGAACAGUUCCCUACUGACCAGGCCACCACUGACCAGUUCCCUACUGACCAGUUCCCUACUGACGAAGCCACCACUGACCAGUUCCCUACUGACCAGGCCACCACUGACCAGGCCACCACUAACCAGGCCACCAAUGAAUGAAUUAAAUUUAGAAACGUGAAAAAAGCUCACGCGGGAAGAAUAAAUUCAGAAGUGACAUCGAGUUCUACCGUGACCCUUGAGGUCUACCAUGACGCCAGAGUUCUAUUGUGACGCUAGAGUUCUACUGUUACGCAAGAGUUCUACUGUGACGCUAGAGUUCUACUGUGACGCAAGAGUUCUACCGUGACGCAGGAGCUGUACCGUGACGCAGGAGUUCUACUGUGACGCAGGAGUUCUACCGUGACGCAGGAGUUCUACCGUGACGCAGGAGCAUACCGUGACGCACGUGGCUUGUGUCAACUAUGGAAUAAGCUUAUGACUUUAAUUUUAAAAAAAAGAGACUUUUUUAAACUAUAAGGCGGUGAAAGGUUUGAAGAAAAGAAAAGUAGAUCUUUUGAAACGCCUGGGUUAGUGUCCAGAAGUCAACGCCAAUACAAGUAAAAUGGAUUACAACCAGUCGUAUGCAAAUACUACGGGUGAAGCGUUGAUAGGACGCACGCUACACUUCUGUCUGUAUGUGGAUACAGCCAUGAGGAAUGGCAGGCCGGGCUUUGUCGAUAACAACAGAGUGCUCACAAAGGUGGAGGACAUCUGCUCACACGUAGACUUUUUCCGUAACUAUCCUGUGAUUUUCAUACUGCUUCUGGGCAUUCCCGGAAACAUCUUGUCCCUCCUGACCAUCCGGACCAUGGCCUUGUCCACUGGGACGUUCUACGUGGCGCUUCUGUCCAUGGCCGACUUCAUCACGUUGUCAAUGCAUGGGAUUUUUCACACUCUGGAGCGUCUCCACGUACUGACAGUUGCUGUCUGUAAACUGAAAUACUUCUUGUGGUCAUUCACUUCUCUGUAUGCCCACUGGACGCUCGUGCUGAUCACGUUUGAGCGCUUCCUGGGAGUUCGGUUCCCCCUACAAAAGAGCUACUAUUUCACGAUUAAAAGAGCCCGGAUGAGCGCCUUCGUUAUUGGCGUCGUGAUGCUCGGCCUGUCUUCUACCCAUCUGUGGUCGGCCAGCUUCGACAAUGAUUUGUGCAGUGUGGAUCCAGCCUACACACGCCUUCAUAAGUUUGGGCUGUACCUUGAAGUGUUGGCCUACACCAUUCUGCCGUUCGCUCUGAUCUUCCUCCUGGUCAUAGCCAUAGCGGUGGAGCUGCGCAAGAUUCAGAGCAACAGGAAACUCUUCAUGGGGGAGGCGCGCCUAGCCCCCGCUGCUACUUCCGGCGGUGCCAGCUGUACACAGGCAGAGAGACAGUCCAAGAUAGAGCACAGCAUUACCGUCAUGCUUUUCUUCUCGGCCACAGUUUUUCUCAUCCUGACCCUUCCAGCGUGCAUUGUGGUCCCCAGACAUUAUACCAUCCCUUCGAGAAAUACGAUCGAGAGGGCAGAGUCCCUUCUGGCCCACGCCAUCGUCUCGAGCAUCUCCUUGUUUCUGCACGCGUGUAACGUCAUCAUCUACUUUGUCAGCGCCAACAGGUUCCGCCAACAGUUGAUGGUGUUGCUGCAUUGCAGGUCGUGCUUUGAGAAACCGGACGUGUCGAGCGAUACUGGCAAGGAAGCCGUGCAGUCGAUCGAAGAUGUACCUACGAUUAAUGUGUCCGUUGAAUAAAUUUAACUUUUCAAUAAAUUAGGUACAUUGUCUGAGCAUGAGAGGGCAUUUCUUUGUUAUCUGCUCUGCAGUGGCGGCGUCAGGGUUCCCCAUCAAAUUUAAUCUACGGUCAGACUCAAUGGUUUUGAACAGGCCCAAGUAUAGCAUAUCAAAAAUAGAUUUUCAAAACACAUGUCUCAUCAGAGAAAUAGAAAUCAAAGAUCAGCUGAAUGCAUGCCCCCCCCCCCAAAAAAAAAGCGCGUUAAAUAGGGCUGUCAUUUAUAAGACCGGAAAUCGUCACAGCACAUUACGUAAUGUUACUAUUUUUAGACGAUGUUCUCGUAACGCAUAGCCUCUACCAAUGUAUUCCUGCAUAUAUACAGAUGUACCAACUUGUUUGUGAACUAAAGUUGUCAACACGUUGCCGUCUAGGUUAAGACCCACGACGGUGGCUCACGUUAACGUUGAAGUGCCGAACAGCUGGUGAGAGAUUGGCCAAACGGAAUGCCCGGAUGUUUUAUCAAUGGCUUAAUGAGCUUGGCCAGAAUGUACGCCCGGAUGUUCUAUUAAUAGAUUCCCGCCGUGAAAGGAAAAACCCCAUUUUUAGAAAACCAAUUUAAAAUCAAACAAGUUGUUCCUCUUCUGGGCCAAGGAAUUACUUUUUAAGGCCGUUGAUAGCCAGCCCAGCAAUGCGUGAACUUCGCAUCUUCUACUAUGACUGGACAAAACAUGCAUUCAAAUAACGCCCUUUAUAAGUAUCCCAAUUUGGGCACCCCACCCCAAAUUUAGGCUCGCAACUGGACACUUUUUUUUCACGCCCCUGAACUAUAUUAAUAUUAUAAUGUCCCAAACUUAAAAAAAAACACCAAAACACAUCAUUUCAAAAGGUGAGAUUAUUUCCAUCACAGAAAAGUCAAUAUGACGUGCGCCAAACGCGCUUGCGGUAUAUUUAAGAAUCUCAUUUAGCGCACUUAAUGGGCAUGUUAUUUGGCACGUUAUUGAACUCACCAUGACACCACACGUUCUUUCAUGCAUAGAAAAGUUAUAUGAUUAUUGAUUGAUUUCAAACUAUAUUAAAUGUCUUGUCCUUCGGAUGUAUUUGUCAACUAUGGGUAAAU